ACAGGUAUGACAGCUCUUCACAAAGCAGCUGAGGCUGGUCAUGAUGAUUGUGUUAAGAUGCUGCUGGAUGCUGGUGCUGACCCCAACUCUCAGAAUGAUAAUCAUGGUGGCUGGAGACCCCUACACUACGCUGCCAGGCUCAACCAUGCUGGAGUUCUUCAAGUGUUGUUAAAUGAUUCACGCUGUGAUGCCAGUGCGAAAGAAAAUCACAAAACAUCUCACUCUGCUCCAGGAGUUGAAGGUAGGAGCGCUCUUCACAUAGCAGCAGAUUUUGGUCAUAUAGAUUGUGUGAAGAUCCUUCUUGCUGCUACUGAUCCCAACUGUCAGGAUGAUGAUGGAUGGACACCUCUACACUGUGCAGCGAGGCGCAACCAUUCUGGAGUUCUUCAAGUUUUAUUAAAUGAUUCACGCUGUGAUCCGUCACUUCCUUCUAAAGUAAAAGGUGUAACAGUUCUUCACAUAGCAGCUGAGGCUGGUCAUGAUGAUUGUGUUAAGAUGCUGCUUGAUGCUGGUGCUGACGUCAACUGUCAGGAUGAUGAUGGCCAGACACCACUAUACUACGCUGUUAAGAACAACAAUGUUGAUAUUGUUCAAAUGUUAUUAAAUAAUUCCCGCUGUGAUCCCAGGAACAAAGGUGGAACAGUUCUUCACAUAGCAGUUGUGAAGGGUUAUGAUGAUUGUGUUAAGAUGCUGCUUGAUGCUGGUGCUGACGUCAACUGUCAGGAUGAUUAUGGCCAGACACCACUAUACUACGCUGUUAGGAACAACAAUAUUGAUAUUGUUCAAAUGUUAUUAAAUAAUUCCCGCUGUGAUCCCAGGAACAAAGGUAACAAUCACAUCACCGAACUAAGUUGUGAAAUUAAUAAUGAUUAUUAUGCUGAUUUAUAUGGAUGGUGUUAUGUCCAUGUUUGUGCUGUAGUGACUUAGUCUAGGGUGUGAGUGUUUGUGUGUGCACUCACCUAGUUGUGGUUGCAGAGGUCGAAUCACAGCUCCUAGCCCACUUCUUCAUUGGUCGGAUUUUUAACGCCGGAGGGUUAGCCACCCAAGUUAACCCAAAAAAGUCAGUGCGUCAUCGAGGACUGUCUAACUUAUUUCCA